CAAUUGUCGAUAAUUUGUCGCUCCGAAGUCCGAACGUCAACAGAGACAGCUGAUCACCGCUUCGCUCCCAGACCCCCGUGCUUCCCUUUACUAUUUAAAACUCGAUUUUCUCCCUUAUUACUCCCUCCCCAAGCUCCAAAUUAAGGGAGGAUAUAGAUCACACGCACACACUCACACACGCACACAAUGAAGGCAGAAGUGAGCCUGAUGGUGGUGAUAGGGUUGGGUUGUCUGGUGAGUCAAGUCAGGCUGGAUGCUGCCAAGCCUUCAGGGGAGACAAAAGACAGCGACAAGAACAAAGAGAGUCUGAGGGCUACUAAGCUGCCCCCCUGUGCUGCCUGUAGAGUGCUGACUGAGUCUUUCAAUAAGGGUAUUGAGUCAACAGCACGAGGGAAGUAUGAGGGUGGAGACUCAGCAUGGGAGGAGGAGAAGAAACUGUCAUACAAGAAGUCAGAAGUGAGGUUAAUUGAGAUCCAGGAGAAGAUGUGCAAGGAUGUAGAAAGAGGCCAGAAACAGUGUGAAUCCAAUGCUGAGGAACAUGAGGGUUUGCUGGAGGACUGGUGGUUCAGAGAGCAGGAGAAGGAACCAGACCUUCACUCGUGGCUGUGUGUGGAGACCCUGAGAGUGUGCUGCCCUGCCAACCACUAUGGCCCACAGUGUUUACCUUGCAAGGGUGGCACUGAGAACCCUUGUGGGGGUAAUGGCAAGUGCAAGGGAGCAGGGACGAGGAAGGGCAGCGGGGAGUGUUCCUGUAACCCGGGAUAUGAGGGGGAGCUGUGUGACUCCUGCUCAUACGGCUACUACCAAGCUUACCGGGACGACACCAAGAACCUGUGUGAAAAGUGCCACAAAGCUUGCAAUGGACCAUGCAGUGGGCCGGGCCAGAAGUCUUGUGUGGCGUGUCAGGAGGGCUGGAUCAUGGACACAGAGAAGGGCUGUCUGGAUGUCAAUGAGUGUGCAGCUGCCAAGUUCCCGUGCAAACGCAACCAGUUCUGUGUCAACAACGAGGGGACCUACACUUGUCUGGAGUGCGACAAGGCAUGUGACGGCUGCAAUGGCGACGGGCCAGACAUGUGUGAGAGGUGUGCCGAGGGAUUCAUCUUAGAGAAGGACAUGUGUGUAGACAACAGUGCGAAGGCCCGGGAGAAACACAUGAUGUUUGCCCGUUACGUCACGUAUGGCGGCCUGACCCUCGCCACCUGCAUCAUUCUGCAGAAGAACACUAUUAUCGCUGCCAUCGUUGGCCUUAGCGUGGCUGUUUACAUCAGCUUCUCAGAGUACUACCUCAGGGACACCACCGCGCCCCCUGUCUCCCCUGAACUGCCGGCAUCCUUCUUGUCCUCCCUACAGGGCAUGAUGACCAACUAGACACUGAGCGAAUGUUGCCUCAUUCUAACUCACUGUUCUGUCUUCUGUUCCAAGCCAGACUCAUUUUUACACCAGGCAGAGAAAGGUCUAGUUUUAGGCUCUCAACAGGCUAUAUCCUCUAUACUUUUCAAUCCCAGCUUAUUUAGGUUUUCAAUUGCCUCCUCCUCCUUCUCCUCCUGUGUCCUUUUCCAAACCCAGCACAUUCUUAAGCCAGGCAGGGAAAGGUUUGAUUUUAGGCUCUCAACAGACUAACUCCUCUAUGCUUUUCAAUCCCAUCUUAUUCAGAUUUUCAAUUACCUCCUCCUCCUCCUCCUCCUGUGUCCUUUUCCAAACCCAUAACUUUCUUAAUCCAGUCAGAGAAAGGUUUCAUUUUUAGAUUUCAGCAGAUUUUUUUUUCCCUCCCGUAUUUCUUUCUAGUCCCAACACUCAUGAUCUAGUUAGAAGCUUGAUAUUGGGUUUCAACAGACUGCCUCUCCUUCUCCUCCCUCCCUCCAUUAGUGUGAGUGUGUCUGGGUUGUAGGAGAGCAGAUGGCAAUGUUUGACGAAAGAUCUGGUUGUAGUAAUCUCUAUGUGGAUCUGAUGCUUCUCAAACCUCAACUCUCCUUUGCUCUCUUGGCAUUGAGGGGGACAGUAUGCUAGGGCUAAUGGCUGGUGGGAAUUUUUUGCUUUCAUUCAGUCUAUAUUGAUAAGAUUUGUACCAUGAGCUGUGCAGAUGUUGGGAGUGCAUGUGUGUGUGUGUGUGUGUGUGUGUGUGUGUGUGUGUGACUAUUUCAUAAGGUUUAGGAGUGUUCCCUCUGUCAUGUUUUGAAUAUUUUGAGGUGAAUCUUGGGUUAUCAGUGUAAUAUUUACCCUGCAGUUAAUGGCUAGCAAUAGUAGUAGUAUUUCUGUAGAAUAUACUGAUGCUGAGUACUUGGGCAUUCUUUUGAGAGUUGAAAGGCUUUAUAUACCCUCAUUGGCAGUAGCAAGGGUGUUGUUACUCAUUGCUGAAGUUUGUAUUAGUUUUGCUGAAAAUUUUGAUAGAUAAUUGUUUUGAUAUUCAUUUAGAAGACAAGCGGCUUUGUUAGUACUGAGCAUUUUGUUUCUCAUUGCUAAAGUUUGUCUUAAUUUUUGGCAUAGAGAUAGAUUACUUUGGCAUCCAUUUGAAAGAUUUGUAUAACCUCGUAGUUCCAAAUGUUUUAUUUCUCAACACCGGAGUUCACGUCACAUACAAACACGUGUUACGGUUAUACAGAAACACUUCACUGACCACUUGUAACCACCAGUUCAUGUCCAAGGGGCCCUGUCAGGCAAAGGUGUGGGGAGCAUUUCUAAGAACCAUAUCAUUUCCUUGGACUGGGCAGUGAUUUUAUACCUUGACUUGUAGCAUCACCACCUCUCUGUGGCGGAAACACUGCACUUGUCUGACUGGGACCACUGUUAUGCAUCUGUUCACUUGCGAGUGUUGUGAAAAGGUAGAAAAUGUAGGACGAUUUCUUUUUUGUAAUCAGUAUGCUUGAGUUUGAAUGUUUAACCCUUCACCACCUUGACAUGUCUUCAUAUUUAUUCCGGUUACUAUUAGGUGAUUUUAUGCAGCUUCAGAAACUCAGUGUAGGGAUUAGAAUAGUGAAUACUGAGCCAUUAAUCAUCUGAUCUCUAUAAACCCUUCCUAAUGUAACUAAAGUCAUCUAAUCACACGCAAAACUCAUGGUAAAAAAAUGUGUCCCAGUACUGAAGGGGUUGAGUAUUUAAAGUUUGGUAAUAGUAAGUCAAGGUUCAGAUUAUUUAGGUGCUUUCAGUGUGUCUCUUGGUUGAAUGCUUUAUUUAGGGGUUUAAUAAUUAAGAUACACCAUUCUGUUGUGAUAUUGUGUUGUAUCCCUGCACAAAAUAUGUCUCCAUUUCCGAUAGUUUUUUUUUUUUGAGGGGGGCAACUGUACGCCUCUAGUCAUUAGUCUUAUAUACUCAUGCAUUGCCAAUUUUAUAUUUUGAGUAGCACUGAAGUAUUAUAGGAAGUGAAUUUGGUUUGGGAGGUUUGCUAAUGUAUUUUGAUUGUUCUGUAGGGCAGAGAAAAUGAAAAGAAGGAAUAAUUUUGGUUGAUGAGGUUCAGAUAUAAAAAUAUACUGCCAAUUUUGAUGAGAAAGUUUUAUCCUCUGUUUUGUAAGAAGAGGAAAUGAAGAGAAGGAUUAGUGUUGCUGGUGAAGUGUAGAGGCUAAAGAUAUUAUUGAUUUUGUUUGGAAAGUUUGCUAAUAUCAUUGAAUAAUUUUGAAGAGAAAGGAAACCAGUAGAGAGAUUCAUUUUGUUGGUUAAAGAUUGGAGGUAGAAAUACUACUAUAGACCUUGUUUGGAAAUUUUGCUUGUAUUCUCAUUUUGUUGCCAAGUUUAUGAAUAUCUAACCAAUAUUUAUCAAAUUAAUAAAACCGCAGAAAGAAGAAUAUUUCCCAGCAAUUUUACAAAGACCUGACAGUAGCUUACGACAAGAGGAAGAGGAAGAGUGAAUUUUUGUAGGAAGAGAAAAAAAAAAAAAGAAAAUAUCAUAACCAUAGCUUUGAGGAAAAAAAACAAAACUGAGAAUAAUUUACCAGUAAUAUAAUAAAGAUCUGUUUGUAGUUAAUGGGAAGGGGAAAAAGAGAGUUAAUUUUGUAGUAAAGUUUAAAGUUUACUAGUAUUGUACCCAUAGUUUUGAGGUAAGAAGAAACAAUGAAAGAAUUUUUUACCAGUAAUUUGAUAAGAUCUGGUAGCAGUUGAUGGCAAGA